AUGCCGCCUGUCGCAACACGAUCCCGCCUGUCGGAAUCCUGGCGAGCGCCGCCGCCAACCCGCGCAAGCAGACAUGCCGCCUGUCGCAACAGGAUCCCGCCUGUCGGAAUCCUGGUGAGCGCCGCCGCCAACCUGCGCAAGCAGACAUGCCGCCUGUCGCAACAGGAUCCCGCCUGUCGGAAUCCUGGUGAGCGCCGCCGCCAACCCGCGCAAGCAGACAUGCCGCCUGUCGCAACACGAUCCCGCCUGUCGGAAUCCAGGUGA